CGCCACUAUGUGAAAUCGCGAUUCAUGCCUCGCCUCGCCUCGCCUCCCUCCUCUCAAAUUCACCUUCCAGUUUACCGCCCAAGCCCACCGUCACCAGCCACCGUCCUACUCUUCUUCGACAUUGUCUCGCGUUUCCUCCGACGCAAGGGCGCGACGCCUCGGUUCAAAGGCUUCGAGAGUCGCGAAUUGCCUCGCCUCCCUCUUCUGAAAUUCACCCCUCCAGUUUACCGGCCAAGCACACCAGCCACCGUUCGAGGCCCUCCGACACUGUCUCGUCUCUCCUCCGACGCAAGGGCUCGACGCCUCGGCGCAAAGGCUUCGCGCUCGCCGCCCCGUAUUUCAGACACCGCCUCCAAGACUACGACGCCUCGCCACCUCGACGUCCCGCCAUCUCGAAGCCCCGCCGUCUCGACUCCCCGCGGACUCCUCUUGCAGAUUUGAAGUAUGUAUAUAUUUCAUUUCUGCUCAUUAUGAUUCUCAUUAUCCAGCUUGUAUUUCAGCCCUUUAUAGUAACUGUAAUAUGAUUUGAUGUAGCUACAACUUAUGUGUAGUUUGUGUAAGUAUGGAACGCUAUGCUGAUGAUCUAUAUGUAUUGCUGAUGCUUAUGUUUACGAUGGUGCUUUAAUGCGUUAAUGAUUUUGUUAAUCGAGACUGAUUUCAAAUGAAUAAGCUCCCAAGAACACUCUAAUAGAAACUAAAUUCACUUAUCACAUAUUGCCAUAUUCACAGCUGAUCAAUCCAAGAGUAACAGUUCUUCAAGCAAAAACUCAAAAUACAAAUCCACCUAAUCACCAUUUUUAACUGAAUAUACAUAUCAUAAAAUUAAUUUCAAA